GUAAACCACGUGGGACGAACGAGAAGGAAACAAAAACAAAAAGGACCUGAGAAGGCUUGUUACCGCAUCCAUACAAUUUUCAUUAAAUUUUUCCGUUUUGAAAGCUUUCCGGAGUGAAAUUUCUGAGCUCCAAAAAUGGUUCGUAAAAAGAUUGACAACAGAAUUCGACUUCUGAUUGAAAAUGGAGUCAAACUUGGGCACAGAACAAUGUUCGCCAUCGUCGGCGACAAGGGCCGUGACCAGGUCGUUAUUCUCCAUCACAUGCUGUCCAAAGCAGCGAUCAAAGCGAGGCCGAGUGUUUUGUGGUGCUACAAAAAAGAGUUGGGAUUCAGCAGCAACCGAAAGAAAAGAAUGAAGCAGCUCCAAAAGAAAAUCAAAACUGGAAAACUGAAUGUUAACGAGGACGACCCUUUUGAGCUUUUUAUAUCAUCAACAGACAUCAGAUAUUGUUAUUACUCUGAAACGCACAAAAUCUUAGGCCAGACUUAUGGAAUGUGCAUUUUACAAGACUUCGAAGCACUUACGCCAAAUCUGCUGGCACGAACGGUAGAGACGGUUGAAGGUGGUGGCCUGGUCAUUCUACUUUUGAAAAGUGUCGAAUCAUUGCGACAGCUUUACACUAUGUCCAUGGACGUUCACGAGCGAUUCCGUACAGAGGCUCACCAAGAUGUGGUUUGCCGAUUUAACGAAAGAUUUUUGCUCUCUCUUUCUUCAAAUAAGAGGUGCUUAGUUGUUGAUGACCAACUCUCAGUUCUGCCACUGUCCUCACACGUCCUGAAUCUAGAACCUGUGGGAGAAGUUCCCAUUCCCGAAAGCGAGAAUGAAUUGCUGACCCUGAAAGAAAGUCUACAAGACACUCAACCUGUAGGAGCGCUGGCCAACAUUUGCCAAACCCUAGACCAAGCCAGUGCUCUUUUAAAAUUCAUCGAAGCAAUUUCGGAAAAGUCGCUCAGGUCAACUGUGUCCUUGACCGCAGCAAGAGGUCGGGGAAAGUCCGCAGCCCUCGGGCUUGCAAUCGCUGGCGCUGUUGGUUUUGGCUAUUCUAACAUUUUUGUGACAAGUCCCAGCCCUGAAAACUUGAAGACACUCUUUGAAUUUGUUUUCAAAGGACUGGAUGCUUUAGAGUAUCAGGAGCACUUGGAUUAUGAUUUGGUCCAGUCUUCAAACCCCGAGUUUAACAAAGCUGUAGUGCGAGUCAAUAUUUUCCGAGACCACAGACAAACCAUCCAAUACAUUCAUCCCACGGAUGCCCAAAAACUCGGCCAAGCUGAGCUUUUGGUCAUUGACGAAGCAGCUGCAAUUCCACUGCCCUAUGUCAAAAGCUUGUUAGGGCCAUACCUAGUAUUCCUUUCGUCUACCAUCAAUGGGUAUGAAGGGACUGGACGGUCAUUGUCUCUGAAACUUAUAAAACAGCUUCGAGUGCAGGCAGCACCGAUCGGAGAAAACAUGAACAAGCAAAAAUCCACUAGUGCUGCUACAGGAAGAGUUCUUCAGGAGGUGGUCUUGAACGAAUCAAUUCGCUACAAGCCAGGAGAUGAAGUGGAAAAGUGGCUCACAGAAGUUCUCUGCCUUGAUGUGACAUCCAUUGCUCCGGUGAUGUCAGGUUGCCCACCACCUGAGAAUUGCGAACUUUACUAUAUCAACAGGGACACCCUCUUCUGCUACCACAAAGCAUCUGAAGCUUUCCUGCACAGGAUCAUGGCACUCUACGUUGCCUCUCAUUACAAGAAUACACCAAAUGACCUCCAAAUGUUGUCUGAUGCGCCUGCUCAUCACUUGUUCUGUUUGCUUGGACCAGUCGACCCUAACCAAAAGAAGCUACCUGAAGUUCUGGUCGUGGUUCAGGUUUGCCUCGAAGGUGUCAUUUCCAAAGAGACAAUUGCUAGUGGUCUCCAGAGAGGGAAAAAGGCGGCUGGUGACUUGAUCCCUUGGACUGUUGCCCAGCAAUACCAAGAUAAGGAAUUCCCUAAUUUGAGUGGCGCUCGUAUUGUGCGAAUCGCCACUAAUCCAGACUACCAGGGAAUGGGCUACGGGACUCGAGCUCUUGAAAUUUUGAAGCAGUACUACAAUAUGAAGAUUCCAAGUAUUGAUGAAGAGAGCAGACCUAUUUGCGCAAUUGAAGCCGUUGAAUCCGAAAGUGUGGGACUCCUUGAUGAAGUUAUUGAACCACGUAAAAGUCUUCCCCCGCUUCUGCUGAAACUGAGUGAAAGGCCUCCUGAGCGUCUUGACUACAUUGGUGUGUCAUUUGGCUUGACUGAGGAGCUUUUGAAGUUUUGGAAAAAGAGCCAGUUUGUGCCUGUGUAUCUCAGGCAAACUCCAAAUGAGCUUACUGGAGAACAUUCUUGCAUUAUGCUUCAUGUGAUGGAGGAAGAAAAUAGCCAGGGGUUGUCCUGGCUAAAAGAAUUCUGGACAGAUUUCCGGCGCCGUUUCAUUUCCCUUUUGGGAUAUCAAUUCCGAACAUUCACCCCUUCCUUUGCUCUUAGCGUCCUCCAAAAUAAGUUGUGGAAAGAUGACCACAGAAAUCUUUCCUCUUCCGAGAUGGACGUCCACUUGACACAGUACGACAUGAAAAGGCUGGAGAUGUAUUGUAAUAACAUGGUAGAUUAUCACCUCAUUAUGGACUUGAUGCCAACAUUGUCCCGACUUUACUUUCAAAAAUGGCUUGGAGAUACACACCUCUCUGCUGUUCAAGCUGCAAUUUUACUUGGAGUUGGCCUUCAGCAUAGAACAGUUGACGACAUUUCCGGUGAACUUGAUGUGCCAUCUUCCCAGCUGCUUGGUCUCUUCAAUCGAACCAUUAGGAAGUUAUUGACAUACCUCAGGGGUAUUGUCGAACAGUCUGCCGAGGCUCAGUUGAUGCCUGUUCCAGUCAGAAGUGAUGAAAAAUCAAUGAGACCAGUAGAAAAGACGCUUGAAAAUGAAUUGGACGAAGUGGCUAAGGAUCUCAAAGCUAAGCAGAUGAAGCAGCUUGAGGCUCUGAAGAAAGAAAAUCUUGCCCAAUACGCCAUUAAAGGCUCUGAACAGGAGUGGGAUAAAGCCCUGACAGGAUCAGUCACCAAGAGCAUGAUCACAGUCAAAAGUGGACAAAAACGGAUCAACGAUGAAUCUGGAUCCAUCCUUGAAAAGGCAGUAGAACUUUCAUACAAGAAGAAGAAGAAGAAAUUUGUCAAAAAAUAAGGCCCCCAUCAAAAUAGAUGAGUACAAUAUUUGUCUUUAAAUAAAAACUUCAUUUUCUGGUUA